GGCGAGGGCUCAGUAAACAUUUCUCCAAUGAAUGAAGGGAUCCAUGGAACCCAGUGAAAUGCCUGCUGACCACCACUGCUCCUCAGACUCUGCCCUAGGGAGUGAGCCCAGAGCUCCCCAAGGCAUGGAGCUCAUCCCCAGAAGAGCUGUCAGUCGCUCUCCAACCUGUGCCCGCUGCCGCAACCAUGGCGUCACUGCCCACCUUAAGGGCCACAAGCGCCUCUGCCUCUUUCAGGCUUGCGAGUGUCACAAAUGUGUCCUCAUCCUGGAGCGCAGAAGAGUCAUGGCUGCCCAGGUGGCCUUGCGGAGGCAGCAGGAGGCACAGCUAAAGAGGCACCUGGCUCAGGGACUGAUGAAAAGAGGAGCAGCCCCUCUCAAAGCUGCUAACCAUGUCAAGAAGGGAGCCACUCGAUCAGGGGUCCCCUCUGGAAAGGAGAACAUAGCACCCCUGCCUCAGACACCCCAUGGGGCAGCCCCACUGGCACUGACAUCCCCUGGGAAGGACAACUCCCAUGGGCCUCUACUGCUCAGCCGUCCCUCAGAAGCCUUGCCUUUGCCCUGGACUCCAGUGCCUCGGGGCUCGUGGGCCCCUGGAUACUGGCUGCCUCCAGGUCUCUCCAUGCCACCCCCAGUGGUGUGCCGCUUUCUACGCCAAGAACCUGCUGUCCCUCUGCAUCCCUUCCCUGGCUUUGACCCUGGCACCUCCCUCCGGCUGCCCACUCAUGGGCCCCUGCCAACUUGCCCAGGAUCUCGCCCAGUAUUGAUGGCUCCUCUUUCUGGAGAUCCCCAAGGGCCCCCUAACCUGCCCUGCACAUGCUCAACUCUGAUACUCCAGUCCUGUAGCACCACAGACCCUCUUCUGCUACAGCCACAGGCCCCUGGAGACUCUUGCCUGGCCUGGACAUCUGCCCCCUCAGAGUGGCAGCUGCAGCGGGAGGCAGCCGAGGCCCUUGUGGGGCUGAAAGAUUCAUCCCAGGCUCCCCGCCUGACCCCUUCCAUCCCCCCCAACCCUGCCUGGAUCUCCCUGCUCCAUCCCUGUGGCCCUCCAGCUCCUGCUGGAGGAAGAGGAUUCCAGCCUGUUGGCCCCUCUCUCCGACCCAGCCCAGCCCCCUCCAUUGCUCUGCCUAUUGGGCAUCUGGGAUCCAUCUCCCUCUUGAGCUAGGAGCCCAGAGGUGGAGGCUGCCAUGCUGGAGCAGGGACACAAUAGCCCGCAGGCACUGAAUAUUUAGUAUUUUUCUUAUGGAUUUAUGCAUGGGGUUUAAUGUAGUACAAGCUUCAGGCUCUUUUUUUUUAAGCUUUCAGGUGCUUCAUUAGCUUUUAGUUCCUUUUGUAGUGUGGGCAUUUCCUUGGCCAAAAGUGGGUAUUCUUGUUCCCCUCCUUGGGUCCUGGGACCUUUAUAAAUCCCCAGGAAAGAGAAAGCUGCGCAGUUUAAGCUGACCAGUAUCUAAAUACUUUUUUGCAUGCGUUCUUGUUCCAGGGUAUUUGACACACAAUUCUGUAUAUACCUAUGCAUUCAUGUCUGUCACCAUGCAUGUGAAAACAGGAGAGUAUAUUCAUUUUGUGUC